CCACCACCGCCACCACCUCCUUCAGAGGUAGCAACAACAACAACAACAUCAAUAUUAAUGGACUUUGAUUACAUCAAUGAACUCUUUGUAGAUGGUUGCUGGUUAGCAGCUUCUUCUUCUUCUGCUGCUGCUGCUGCCGAUGGAUCUGCUGAUUUCUAUGUGUCAAGUCCUUCUUUUUCAAACCCCAUAUUUGAUCCUUUCUCUUGGCCUUCCUUGGAUACUGAACAAAUUGAAUCCCAAGAACGAGAACAGGAACAUGAACAACAACAAGAACAACCACCUUUUAGCCAUGACUUAGUUGUUGCUGCUAAUAAUUGUAGCCAGAAUCAGCAACAACAGUAUCAUCACUAUGAGAAUCAGUCAGUGGAAAACAAUAAUCCAAAUCCUAAUAAUCCUUCUGAGUUUUUCAGAAGGUGGUGGAUUGCACCAAGUUCUAAUCCGGGACCUGGAUCUUAUGUAGUUGAGAAGCUAUUGAAGGCACUCAUGUGUAUCAAAGAUGUGAACAGAAACAAAGACAUGCUUAUACAAAUAUGGAUUCCAGUUAUAAACAGAGGAGGCACUCAGAUUCUCAGAACCAAUGGGCUUCCAUUCUCACUUGAAUCAAGCUCUGUGAACCUUGCAAAGUACAGGGAAAUUUCGGAGGUGUACCAGUUCUCCGCCGAGGAGGAUUCGAAGGAGUUGGUGCCCGGAUUGCCAGGGAGAGUUUACAAGGAGAAGGUUCCUGAGUGGACUCCUGAUGUUAGAUUCUUCAGGAGCUAUGAAUAUCCAAGAGUUGACCAUGCUCAAGUCUAUGAUGUGAGAGGAUCAUUGGCACUUCCAAUCUUUGAGCAAGGUAGCAAGAAUUGCUUAGGUGUUGUUGAAGUUGUCAUGACUCAACAGAAAAUCAACUAUCGCCCUGAACUUGAAAGUGUUUGCCAAGCACUUGAGGCUGUUAAUCUUACAAGCUCAAAACUUCCAACUAUUCAGAAUGUGAAGCGUACAUCAUGUGAAAAGUCCUAUGAAACUGCAUUGCCUGAGAUUCAAGAAGUAUUAAGAUCUGCAUGUGAAAUUCACAAAUUGCCAUUGGCACAGACAUGGAUUCCAUGCAUCAAACAAGGCAAAGAAGGAUGCCGGCACUCGGAAGACAACUAUCCACACUGCAUAUCUCCAGUGGAGCAUGCUUGCUAUGUUGGUGACCCUUCAAUCCAGGUCUUUCAUGAGGCAUGCUCUGAGCAUCACUUGUUAAAAGGCCAAGGUGUUGCCGGCGGAGCAUUCAUGACGAAUCAGCCUUGCUUCGCACCCGACAUAACUUUGUUAAGCAAGACAGACUAUCCACUUUCUCAUCAUGCAAGGAUGUUUGGAUUGCGCGCUGCAGUCGCCAUACGCUUGCGAAGCAUCUAUAAUAGUUCAGAUGACUUUGUUCUUGAGUUCUUCUUGCCUUUGGAAUGCAUUGACAAUGAUGAACAGAAGAAGAUGCUCACUUCAUUGUCCUUGAUCAUACAAAGGGUUUGCCAUAGCUUGAGGGUUAUAUCAGAUAAGGAAGUGGAGGAGGAAACUGAUUUUUCAGCUGAAGUGAUAGCUCAUGAAGAUAGUGGCACUUUUGCUAGUGCUGCAGCGUGGCCAGAACCACUGCAGAGUCAAAUUGUUGCUUCAUUGGGUGCUCAAGAAAAAUCAAGUGAAACUAUGGGGACGAGUUUCUCCGACCAAAGGCAACAACAGCAAGAGAGUUCUGUUUUGAAAGGGAACCUUGACUCUAAUGGGGAGUGUUCUACUUAUAAUGUCGGAAACUUGUCAAGUAAAACCGGAGACAAGAAGAAGAGCAAAGUAGAUAAGACUAUCACUCUGCAAGUUCUUCGCCAACACUUCGCCGGAAGCCUAAAAGAUGCAGCAAAGAACAUUGGUGUUUGUACUACAACCUUAAAAAGGAUCUGCCGGCAACAUGGGAUAAAACGUUGGCCUUCAAGGAAGAUCAAGAAGGUUGGUCAUUCCUUGCAGAAGCUUCAACUUGUGAUUGACUCAGUCCAAGGUGCUUCUGGUGCAUUCCAAAUAGAUUCCUUCUAUUCAAAAUUCCCAGACUUAGCUGCUUCUCCAAAUCUAUCAGGAACAAGCCUGUUCUCAAAUCUCAAGCAAUGUGAUAAUAAUCCAAACUCACUAAGCAUACAGCCGGAUCCUGGUUCGCUGAGUCCGGAAGGCGCAUCAAAAUCGCCGUCCUCUUCUUGCAGCCAGAGCUCGAUUUCUAGCCAUCCAUGUUCCAGCAUGGCUGAGCAACAGAAUCAUCAUCACACAAAUAAUAAUUUUGAUAGUAGCAAAGAUCAAAUGGUGUUAUUGGUUGGAGAGAAUUCUAGCGGCGAUGGCUUGUUGAAGAGGAUAAGAAGUGAAGCAGAAUUGAAAAGCUUGAAUGAAGAUAGAGCAAAAGUAGUCAUGCCAAGAUCGCAAAGUCAAGAAACACUUGGUCAACAUAACCUUAAAAAUGGGCACCAUGGAUCAUUGUCAAGAACCAAAAGCAAAGGGACUCAAAAGGAGGAUGCACCUUAUAGAGUGAAAGUAACAUAUGGGGAUGAGAAAGCAAGGUUCAAGAUGCCAAAGAAUUGGGGAUAUGAAGAUCUUGUGCAAGAAGUUGGUAGGAGAUUCUGCAUAAGUGACAUGAACAAAUUUGAUCUCAAAUAUUUGGAUGAUGAUUAUGAAUGGGUGCUACUAACCUGUGAUGAUGAUUUAGAAGAAUGCAUUGAAGUUUGUCAAUCAUCUGAGAGCACCACCAUCAAGCUUUGUCUUCAAUUCUCUAAUACUAAUCAUAGUAUGCGAAACCCUUUAGAAUUUAGAUAGCAAUAAUAGAAGUGAACCUUUUUUUUCACUUGUAAAUUAUAAGAUUGUUUGUCAUGUUGUGUGAAUCAAUCUUAGAAAGUUUGUAGUUUAAAGGUUCAACAAUUCUUCUUUGAAGACUUUGUUUUGGCAGAUUAUAAGGACAAAGAUGUACAUAUAUCCAUAUUGCUUGAAGCAAUAAUCAAGUUCAACUUUCCUUA